CCCGACGACUUCCGCUUUGAUUUGGCGUCGCACUCGCGACAUCGGCGUCGGUAUAUUGCAUUUGAAGCGUUUAGAUAUAAAAGAUCUAUACAAGGUUGCAUUUGCGGUUGAGGAGGCUAUAAAACAAGAAGUCAAACACCAGAUAACACAGUCGAAGAUAUCCAAGAAAGAUUGUAUUGUAUUGUACAGGGCAAGAUUAUAGUGGAGAAAAAUGGGGAAAAGGAAACCGUCUUCAUGUAGAGACAAGGCUAUAACAUCAUCAAAACUCAAGAAAGUUGGAAAAAGGAAACCUAUUAAACAAAAUGAAGUUAAAGCAAAUAAUAAAGAAAAAAAUUCAAAUGGAAAUGAAAAGGCUAUAAAGAAAAGGCAAAGUAAAGUCACUGAGAAGGUGAAAAAAGAAAACUUAAAUGGAAAUGAAGAGGUAAAAGAGGAAAAUUCAGAAAUAUACACAUGUCCUCAUUGUAAUAAAAAGUUUGGAAAGUUGAGAAAUCUUCGGCGCCAUAAAAGGUAUCAUAGUGAAGUUAGAAAUUUUGUUUGUGAAGUUUGCGGAAAAUCAUACCGUGAUAAUACAGUUCUAAAGACCCACAUGCGUAUUCAUACUGGUGAAAGGAUGUUUGAAUGUGAACAAUGUGGUAAACGAUUCAUUCAGAGUUCCUCUUUGAAAACACACUUGCUUUUGCAUACUGGAGAAAGGCCACACGUCUGUGACAUCUGUGGAAAGUCAUUUGUUCAGAUGUCCAACUUAAGAGUCCACAUAAAGAGACAUGAUAAGACACUUUACAGUUGCAAAAUUUGUUUCCGUGGCUUUGGAGAGGAGAGAAGUUUACAAUCACACAUGAAGAAACAUGAGCAGAUGUUUCACAAGCAGUGUAAGUACUGUCAAGAAACAUUUAAAAGUGAGUAUCUGCUGAAGAGGCAUGAGACACGACAUGAAAAAGGUGGCACCCCAAUCUGUAAGGUGUGUGGGAAAAAGUUCAGCACCCACCAUAACUUGAAACGGCAUAUGAUGAUCCACUCUGGAGAUAAACCUUUUGGUUGCGACGAGUGUGGGAAGGCAUUCAACCAGCUGCAGUACCUUAACACCCACAUGAUGAUCCAUACCGGCCAGAAACCAUUCAGCUGCCAGAUCUGCGGCAAGGCCUUCGUUCAGAACCAAAACAGAAAACAGCAUCUGAAAACCCACGGCGCUCAGGGCCUGGAGGUGUUACAGAGUCUGAAGCAGUCUGACACUGCCGCCGACACAGACUCGGAUUCAGAAACCUCACAUGAUUCAGCAUCAGACAACUCUGAUGUUGCAUCAGACAAUGAGGAUCAAAAGGAGCUCUAAUGCCCCCCCCCCUCCCCCCCUUAUGUAGCAUUCAAAGAUUUAAUUUGAUACAGUUUCUGAUGACUCUCAUUCUGGACAUUACAGCAUUUAUUACUCCUUUUCCCACCCUCCAAUCCCUAAAACAAUUGGUUUUUAUAUUAUUCACAUUUAAGGUCAAGAUCUAGUAAAUGAAAAUUGCCUACAGAUUUAUGAAAUGCAAGACCCAAAUUUUUUUCGAUAAUGUUUCAUAACAAUAGUUUUGUUUGAUAUGGUGUACUGGGGCUUAAAUUGUUUGUAAUCAAGAUAAAAAAGUGUUUUAAAUUGUUAUUUUUUAUGAAAUAUGAAGGAAAUAAGGAACAAAUCUAGAAAUUUUGCCCAUUUUUGACAAAUAAAUUAUAACAAAAAUGCAUACUGCCUCUUCAAAAACAUCAUUAAACAAGUUCUUGACCUCUUUAAAAUGAUGUCAAAUUGAAUAUACUUUAUCCUGGUUAAGGUGCCUCACUACACCUUGAAAAAGUUUCUCAAAUCAGCAGAAAAUUACUUGAUUAUGAUAGAAAGCAUGAUGGAUAAGCAGUAUAUAUGUCAAAUAGGCGAAAGAAUGUCCAAUUUUAGUUAAAAGAGGAUAUUUUUAAAAAUUUCAUUAGUAAACAUAAACAAAAGCCCCAGGUGGAUUCGAACUCAUGACCUGUUGUUCACAAGCCUGAUACUUUAACCACUGAGCUAUGAUGAUGUACAUCUGAAUUGAUUGAUACAAACAGUUUAACAAAACAUUUAAAUCGCCAUCUUGUUACGUAGUUUCUUAAAAAGUAUGAAGUACCUUAAAUAUAGAAUGUCAAGAAAGUGUUUCAUUUUCUACAUAAUUCCUUAAGAGCCAUGAAGUAUGGGAAAAAAGAUCUAUCAAAUCUAUCAUGACAUCAAAUGAUUUCAAGUUGGUUGCAUUACCCAGUGAAUGAAGUAGUUACUAGUGACUAUCUUGCAGUAAUCAAUUGUCAAAUUAAUUACAUUGUUCUCUAUCCUUAACUUAGCCAUACUAUUGUUUUUAGAUGCUUCUCAGCAGACAGCUGCAUGUUUUGUAUGUAUCUUGACUGAUUAAGUUUUGUACAUAAAUAUCAACAUGUGUUUUAUCCUUAUGCAUGUUUGUGAAUUUUGUUCUUUCAUUGAGUUUGAUUAGAUAAUCAUGUAGUAUUGAAAUAGUAUUCAAAAUGCUGAGAUUUGCAUGCUGAUUAAAAUUGAUGAUUAUGUUAGUAUAUCUUUUGCAAUUUUCAAUUCUUAAUUUGGUAAUAAAUAAAUGGUCAAAAGUAGA